GCUCUGUGAACUGCAGCUCUUCGUCUCGUCUGUAAACUGCGCACUCCUGUGAAGAGCAAAAAAAAUGGAUAGAGUUCUAGGACUUGCCAUUUUGUGGAGUAUCUUGUGCAAUGUAUCUGUUUGGGGGAAGUACGUCAAGGGUGUCGUGAACACCAAAGAGGACUGGGUGUUUCUGACAAGGUUUUGUUUCCUCACUGAUUUUGGCAGACUGGACUUCAAGUUCCGUUACCCCAAGUCACGCUGCUGUCAGAACAUAUUGCUCUACUUCGAUGAAAGCUCACAGUGGCCAGCUGUAUACAAAAGGCCAGACAAGAACUGCUAUCAGAAAGAGGCAGUCCUAAGGCCUGAAAAUAAUCAAGUCAUUAACCUUACCACUCACUACACCUGGUCUGGAUGUGUGGUUGAAGAAGAGGAUGGUGAAGAAAUUCUCAGCUGUGUCGGAGGGCGUAGCUUUCGUUCAGUCAGAGAGAGGUGGUGGUAUAUUGUACUCAGCAAGUGUGGGGGUGGAGGGUUACAGCUGGAGUAUGAGAUGAAGCUAACUAAUGGGCAGUCUUUCUGGAAACAACAUUUUUCUGCAGACGAGUUUGGAAUUCUGGAAACGGACAUCACCUUCUUGGUUAUAUUUGCCAGUGUAUUUUCUCUCUCCUGCUAUUUUGCAUAUAACCUAAAAGGAAGACAGCUGCUCCAUACCACAUAUAAGAUGUUUAUGACAGCAGCUGGAGUAGAGGUUCUCAGUUUGCUCUUCUUAUGUAUCUUCUGGGGUCUUUAUGCCAGAGAUGGAGUGGGAAAUGGGUGUCUAAAGAUACUUGGAAAAUUGCUCUUUUCUGUGAGUUUCCUGAUCUUCCUCCUGAUGCUGAUUCUCUUAGGGAAAGGCUUCACGGUCACAAGAGCAAGAAUAAGUCACAGUGGCUCUAUCAAGCUGUCAAUCUACAUGACCAUCUAUACAAUUACCUACAUCAUCCUCUUCAUAUAUGAAGCUGAGUUUUUUGACCCAGGUGAAGUCCUGUAUGCGUAUGACAGUCCUGCUGGAUAUGGGUUGAUGAGCCUCCAACUGCUGGCAUAUGUGUGGUUUUGCUAUGCUGUACUGGUGUCUCUUAAGCAUUACCCAGAGAAACAGCCAUUCUACAUCCCUUUUUUUGCUGCGUACACUCUCUGGUUUUUUGCUGUGCCCGUCAUGGCUCUUAUAGCCAACUUUGGUAUAUCUCGAUGGGCUCGGGAGAAGAUUGUCAAUGGGAUUCAGCUCGGCAUCCACCUCUAUGCCCACUCUGUCUUUUUAGUCAUCACACGUCCAUCAGCAGCUAAUAAAAAUUUCCCUUAUCAUGUGCGAACAUCUCAAAUUGGUAUACUGCUGUCAAGUCCUAAAGAGAUGGGGGCAGAGAGCUUCCCUCACCAUGCCUACGGGAACAGCUCCUUUUUGGGAGACUCUCAGCCUAACUUCACUGAACUCUUCUCCAUCCAGUCAGUUUCUGUGAAAAAUAUCAAUGAUGCCAUGGGAUUUAAGGGACAAGAAAUGGCUGUGAACUCUGAGCAGAAAAUCAUCACUACGUCAUCACCGGUUGACUUUUCAACAACAUUUAGUCCUGCAAUGGCACCAGCCAGCUCUGCUCUAUCGCCCCCUCCAAGGCUUUCCUCUCAUUUUACUGAAUAUUUCAGCAUGCAGGGCAGAACAGUCUCUCAAGCAUAGCGAAGUAGCUUUAGGUCUUUGGAGGAAGCGACAACUGAGGUCGAGCUCAUCCAAGUUUGCUUUUCAAAGGUAGAAUAUUGUCUAAAUGAUUUAUGGAAAAGAAGUGACAAAAGUUGACAAAAGUCGUGUGGGAUGUGCAACAGGAUUUGCAGCAGAGAUGUUAGGAGGAGAUAUGAAGUGCUAAACUAUAAGCAAUAAAUAUUUCAGACAGAUUGAAGUGACUCCCUAGGGGACAUUUUGAUUGUAUAUAUAUUACGAAUAGCACAGCACACUAUAUUACGAAUGUAAGAUAUUCAGUAUGCAGUUUUAAGAUACAGAUAUUUUAUGUGUACAUGUAUAGAAGUGUACGAUUUUUUUAAGUGUAAAAAGGUCACUUUUUUUGUUUUUUUGUUUACACACUUAUUUUACAAGUGGUGCUGUUAAUAUGUGCAUUGUCAUGCCAUUUUAUUUGAACUGAAAUGUUCAACAAAAAAAAAAAAGCUACAAUUCACUGAAUAAUCUCACGUUUCAGUUCGUUUGUUGUACAUUUUAUAUAUGACGAUCUUUAAUUUGGAUCCAAAAAAAUGGAUCUUUUUAUGAACUUUCGACUAAGAUCUGCUUACAAAAGGGAAGAAAUAUUCAUUCUUUCCUCCUAAAAUAUUUAUCUAGUUCAGUACAUGCAAUAAUUGCCUUUAGUGUUUGUGUUGUGCAUGUUGCUUGUAAACGAAAGUAAAUUCGAAAUUUAUUAUUAGUUUAGUAUUAUUAUAAGCCCACAAUAGGACCAGCUCCCAGUUCAAAUCCUUAGGGUAAGAAAAGGUAAAUUAGGAAUAGUAAAAAUAAAAUAAAAUAAAAAGGUUCAAGCAUACGAUUUAAAAGUAUUCAUUCAUAAUUUUAAUAGGCUACAUUACAUAUGUGAAUGUCCUUUUUUUCUGUAAUAGAGAAUGAGAUAUAUAUGUACUGCAUGUCAGACAAUUCAGCACAUGGUUAUUGGGGAGGUUCUUUGGCAUAGUGACAUAACUCUCCUUUAACUGAGACGAUGGCACAUUUUCAG